AUGGCUGACAAGGGGGGCAACCGUAUAGGUGACGCCGAUGGCCUCGGAGAAACUCGCAAGAAGGAGUUGGUGAAGAGCGGCAUGAAGUUGGGCUUGCGCCAGGAGCAGGAUGUUUUUGUUAUUGACAGCCCUGAUUUCAGGGACUCCAUGACCGCCACCUGGGAUAAAACCAAGGUCGCUACACUCCUGAACCGCGCCUUUGCGCCUCACUCUGCUCGCCAGCGAGCUGCUGGCGAGGAACCGGAUGCCAACAUCGACAUCUUAAUCACUUUCGACUCGACUGGAGUCUCUUCCCACCCGAACCACAUCUCUCUCUACCAUGGUGCCCGCACCUUCAUCUCCACUCUGACCGAUAACGGCCGCUGGCGCUCGCCCGUGGACAUGUACACACUGACUUCAGUAAACUUCUUGCGCAAGUACAGCACAUUCCUCGAUGCGGUACCAACAAUUUUAUCAUGGGCGAUCACGCCAGGAAGCAACCCGCCGAAGCCGCCAAAGAAGCUACCGAAACCCAAAAAGGACAAGGAAGAUAGCGACGACGAUUCCGACUCGGAUGAGGAUGAGUCGGACAUUGAGUACCACCCAAGCCGGCUGGUGUUCAUGAACAACUUUGGUCCCAAGGGUGGAUAUUCCACGGCGUGGGCCGCCAUGACCAUGGCGCAUAAGAGCCAGAUGGUCUGGUUCCGGUACGGCUGGAUCACCCUCAGCAGAUACAUGGUCAUCAACGACCUACGAUUGGAGAAGGUCGAGGACAUGCCUCCGGUCGAGAUGCCGGUGAUCGAGGCGCCGCCAGAGGCCAAGCGAUCCGAGAGCAAGCGGUCCGAAACCAGGCACCGCGAGAGGAAGCACUCUGAGUCGUCUAAGAAGGAGGAGACCAAGGAGCGGGAGUCCAAGAGGUCUGAGAAGUCUGAGGGCAAGCAGCGUGAGAGCAAGAGGGAGGAAACGAAGCACCGCGAAUCCAAGAAGGACGAGACGAAGCACCGCGAGAGCAAGCACGCCGAGCCCAAGAAGGAGGAAACCAAGGAGCGAGAGUCAAAGAAGGAAGACACCAAGGAGCGCGAGUCUAGGAAGGCCGAGAAGGCUGAGAAGUCCGAGAAGCGGGAGGGCAAGCAGGUCGAGUUCGCCCCGAUCGAGUCGGUCGAAACCAAGUUCUUCGAGGUGCCAAAGGAGGAGACCAAGGAGCGCGAGUCCAAGAGGUCGGAGAAGCGUGAGAGCCGGCACUCGGAGUCCAAGAAGGAGGAGAAGGAGGAUGCCAAGGAGCGUGAGGCCAGGAAGGCCGAGAAGGCCGAGAAGGCCGAGAAGCGUGAGCGUGAGCGUGAACGUGAACGUGAGCGUGAGAGCAAGAGAGAGGAGAAGGAGGAUGCCAAGGAGCGCGAAGCCAGGAAGGCCGAGAAGCGUGAGCGCGAGCGUGAGCGUGAGCGUGAAAGAGAGCGUGAGCAGAGGCACUCUGAGAAGCGCGAGAGCAGACACUCCAGCAGCAGACACUCUUCGAGUGGACUUCCCGGAGCCAGCCUCCCUGACGCCAGGCGCUCCGAGCCCAGCUUGAGACACCCUGCCGGCAGCCUCCCUGAAGCCAGCCGCUCCGAGAGCAGACUUCUCGACCCCAGACACUCUGAGAGCUCUCACCCCCCGUCCAGCAGCAGAUACGUCGAAGGCAGGCACUCUUCGAGCAAGCGCUCCUCCAGCAGACACUCCGAGAGCAGCAGGAUCUCCUCUAGCAGCCACUCUGAGCGCAGACACCGCGACAGCAACCGCGACGGACACCGCAGACGUUCCUCUAGCAAGGUCUCCAGGACCGGCAGCGAGAGAUCCUACGCCAGCAGAUCUUAG